GACCCAUUCUCUGAAAUUCCAGAGUGGUAGAAGAAAGUUUUCGUCGCAUUUCACUUUCUAGUCGGCUCGGCAGGGCACGAGGAGUUUACAUCGCCCUUCAUAUUUUUCUCUAUCAAUUCGCCCUUCUUUCUAUCUGGAUCCCCCCCUGGAUCUUCCCUAUUUGGAUUAAAAUUUCAUACGAAGCACGAGGGAAUUGUUUCACCACAGUUUUUCUGCUGUUCAUUCGUUGGGCCUAGUUUCUCCAAACAUCUCUCUCCCAUCUUUUAAUUUCACGAGGUGAGCUUUAGUGGGGGAAAGAGCCUUCAUUCCUAAAGAUACUUUGUAAUGGGAGAUCAUUGUGGCUAUACACACCGUUCUUGCCAGAACUUUAAAAAGAUGGGCAGUUGGCCUGAAGAUGUAGGCAUCAUUGGGAUGCAUAUGGUUGUCCCUUCCACGUACGUCGCACAAGAUGAACUAGAAGUUUUUCAUAACGUCAGCACUGGGAAAUAUACAAUCGGGCUUGGCCAAGACAAAAUGGGUUUUUGCACCGACCUCGAGGAUAUCAACUCACUGUGUCUCACUGCCGUUAGCCAGCUCGUCAGCAAGAUGGGCAUUUCUUACAGUGACAUCGGCCGCUUAGAAGUUGGAACUGAGACAAUAAUUGACAAAAGCAAAAGUGUCAAGACAGUGCUAAUGCAGCUUUUUGAAGAGAGUGGUAAUCAUGAUGUAGAAGGUUUGGAUACAACCAACGCAUGUUACGGAGGCACAGCUGCUUUUAUGAAUGCUUUGUCUUGGGUCGAAUCGAGUGCCUGGGAUGGCCGCCUGGCCAUAGUCGUAGCUGGUGAUAUUGCCAUUUAUGCAGAAGGAAGUGCACGGCCUACAGGAGGCGCUGGAGCGAUUGCCAUGCUCAUCGGUCCAAACGCCCCACUGGUUAUUGAGCGAGGGUUGAGAGCAACGUAUAUGGCCCAUGCAUAUGAUUUCUAUAAGCCGAAUCUGUCUUCUGAGUAUCCUACGGUCGAUGGAAAACUUUCUAUACAGUGUUAUUUAUCAGCAUUGGACAGCUGUUAUCAACUCUACUGUCAGAAAGCUCGCAAGUUUUCUGGCUUGACCGGAGAGUCGAACGAUGCAGUGGGCAUAAACAGCUUUGAUGCGAUGAUAUUCCAUUCUCCUUAUUGCAAACUUGUUGAGAAAUCUUUCGCAAGGCUUGUGUUGAAUGACUUUCUCAACACACCAAAAGAGAGGGUCGUAGAGUUGUACCCAGGACUGGAAACUUUUGUCGACGUCAAAUUAGCAGACACUUACUUCGACAGGAACGUUGAAAAAGGUUUCAUGGCAUUCAGCAAAAAUCUCUAUAAAAAUAAAACUCUGCCAUCUUUAUUGCUCUCUAACCAAGUAGGUAAUAUGUACACCGCGUCUUUAUAUGGAGGAUUAGUUUCUUAUUUGACCAGUAAAAGCAUUGAAGAACUUGAGGGACAGAGAAUCGGCUUGUUUUCCUACGGCUCUGGCCUUGCGUCAACUAUGUUUUCUGCAAAAUUAGUAGCUGGACCUAAACUCGCCAAACUUGUGUCAGGUCUCGAGUACAUGAAAGAAACGCUUAACAACAGGAAGAAGGUCAGCCCAGAGGAAUUUUCUAAAAUAAUGGAAAUCCGCGAAAAGAACCAUAACGUCGCACCUUAUACGCCUGUCGGAUCAGUUGACUGGUUAUUUCCAGGUACGUGGUACCUUCUCCAGGUCGACUCGCAAUACAAAAGGAGUUAUAAACAGAAGAUGUAGCACUUCUAAUAGAACUCAACAUUCAAAGAUUUUAUUUAGAAAGACUUCCAUUUUGUACAUGUAUAUGAACUGUAAAAGUAAACUGUUCUUUUUAAUGUAUAAAAUGUAAAUUUGUUAUGUCAAAAAGCUCAAACUGUUUUUAUAUCAAUGUGCCUUUUAAAUCAGCAAAAAAGUAUUUAUA